AUGGACCUGAAGCUGCUCUUGUCGCCUGCCCAGAAGGACUCCGAGGCGGACUCGGCUAGUUCGCGCCCCCAGACCUCCGAGGACCACGCGACGACGCAUGAUAGACAGACCUGGUCCCAUCCACCUCACGACCCUAACCAGCGCCAGCAAUAUCAGCAGCCAUAUCCGCAACAUCAUCAGCACCCCCAGCACCCACAGCAUCAACAACAGCAGCACCAGCAACACCAGCAGUAUCAACAGCAACAACCACCACCACCUCAACAUUAUGGCGCGUCCCCAAGACAGCAUUGGCAACAGGAGCAGCAGCAACAGUCGCCCUCUCACCACGGUCAACAAUACAGCCAACAACAACAACCACGUCCAUACUACCAACAGCAGCAGCAGCAACAACCACCGCAACGGCAAGAGCCAUAUCCACACUGUGAGUUUCGCGAUGUCAUUUGA